CAGGGGUGGCUGGUGGAGGAGGAGGUCAUGGGGCAACGGUGCGUCGUGGUGGAUUAAAGCAUCACGGCGUCGCGGCUGACUGCUGGUGGUCAGCUGUUCGCCAUGAGCCAGCAGUGUCACCUGGCGGCCAAGGUGGACAAUGGGGUUUCCAUUGGCCAAUGGUUGAGCAAGAGGGUGACAAUGUGUCUUCGUGGCCAAGAGGGCCAAUAGGGUCCUGGUUGGUCAAUGGUUGGCUAAAAGGGUGACAAUGAGCCAGCAGUGUGAGCUGGUGACCAAAAGGGCCAGCAGGGUCCUGGUUGGCCAAUGGUUGACCAAAAGGGUGACAAUGAGCCCGCAGUGUGAGCUGGCAACCAAGAGGGUCAAACAGGGUCUUGGUCGGCCAAUGGUUGGUCAAGAGGGUGACAAUGAGCCAGCAGUGUGAGCUGGUGACCAAGAGGGCCAGCAGGGUCCUGGUUGGUCGAUGGUUGGUCAAGAAGGGGGCAAUGAGCCAGCAGUGUGAGCUGGUGAACCAAUGGUGACCAAGAGUUGACCAAGGGUUGAGCACAGGGUGUUUGUGAGCCAGCAGCGUGCCCUCGUGGCCAAACUGGCCAAUGGUGACCCGGUUGGCCAAUGGCUGACCACAGGCUGACCGGUGACUGACCAGCAGUUGGCCAGUGGCUGAGCACAGCCCACGAAGCAGCACUGUGCCCCGCUGGCCGAAGGCUCCCUGUGGGGCACCGCACGGAGCACAGCCAGCAGGCAGGGAGCAGCUCCCCGCUCUGCGCUGGGAGCCCCAUCCGGAGCGCUGGGCCCGGUGCUGGGCUCUCUCCCCAGUUUGGGGCAGACUGGGAGGUGCUGGGAGCCCCUCCUGGUGGAGAUGGGCUGAGAGCCCCGGGGAGAAAAGGAGAGCGGGGCUCCGCGCAGCGCUGAUCCACUCCUGGCGGGGGAUGAGGCCGCGCUCCGCCGGGAGCCCCGCUCAGAACAGCCGCUCCAUUCGGGGCUCCAUUCCAAGAUGGCUGCUGCCACGUCUUCCGGCGCCGCUUCCGCCCUCUUUCACGUGACCGCAACACAACCGUUUCCUUUUCCGGUCACGUGCCCCCUCCCCCGCGCCGCCAAGAUGGCGCUGUGCAGGGCGGGCCGCUGCGGGGCGGUGCGGCUGUGGGGUUCCGCUCCUCCCCUUCUGGCGGCGCUCAGUCCUGUUGGUUUGUGUCCCUCUGAUGGCACUCUGCAGUUCCGCAGGGAUGUCCUCAAGGCCGUCCCUGUUGCUCUCAUCGCCAUUCCGCCCUUCGCCAACUUCCUGGUCCUGCUGCUGAUGUACUUCUUCCCACGGCAGCUCCUCAUCCGCCACUUCUGGACGCCGCGGCAGCAGCAGGAGUUCAGUGAGGAGAACCACAGCGCCCGCCAAGCCGCCUACCCUGCUGUGCUCAGCUGCCUGGACACGGCUGUGCAGUCCCUGCCUCAGCAACAGCUGCAGCACCGCCUGCGGGAGCUCUGCGUCGAGGUGCAGCGCGGCCGCCAUCCCCUCGUGGCUGAGCUCUGUGCUGUGCAGUCGCUGUUCUCAGGUCCGGCCCUGCGCCUGGGGGAGCUGCGGGCAGCCCACCUGCGGGCGCUGAGCCGUGUGCUGUUCCUGACUCCCCUGCUGCCCGCUGUCCUGGUGCGGCGCCGCCUGCGUUCCCACCUCCUGGAGAUCCGGCACCUGGACCGCGCGCUGGCACGCCUGGGCCUGGCACAGCUCUCUGAGGAGGAGCUCAGAGCGGCCUGCUACCUGCGGGGGCUGAACCCCGCGCAGCUGAGCGCGGCGCAGUGCAGAGCGUGGCUGGAGCAGUGGCUGAGGCUGUCCUGCGUGCUGCAAGCCUCUGAGGCGUCCCUGCUGGCCAACAGCAUGGUGCUGCUGUCCCUCAACUACGCAGGAGCGAAGAAAUGAGCGCCGCUGAUCCCUUUGCUGUGGCACCGUGUGCUCUGUGCCCCCCACCCCUGGGGGGGGGUCUGCAGGAGCAGGGCAGGAGGCACUGAAGAGUGGUGAAUGUCAGCUCUUUGUCCUGUCAGGGCGAUGCCACUGCGGCUCUGUCCAUUCCCCCGUGGCCACUGCAGCACUUUAUAUGUAUAUAUGGGGGGGGAACAGGUGUCCCCCUACCCUACAACCCCCCCAAAAGGGACUCAGCUCAGCUCUGCGUGUCGGGUUGGAUUGGAGAGGGGUCCCUGUGCUCCGCUCCACGUGGGAUCUGCGGGGUCACCCCUUCCCUGUGCCCCACUGCGGUGGGGGGGACGCACAAAUGUCCCCAUUCGGGAUGCGGAGCCCACUGAGCGCUGGUGUCACUGAGUUCUGUGCUGGUGUCACUGAGUUCUGUGCUGGUGUCACUGAGUUCUGUGCUGGUGUCACUGAGUUCUGCGUUGGUGUCAUUGGGUUUUGAUGUGAUGUCAUCGAGUUCUGCGUUGCUGUUGAGUUUUCAUGCGAUGUCAUCGAGUUUUGACUUGAUGGCACUGCGUUCUGCAUUAACCACUGAGUUCUGUGGUGCUGUCAUCGAGUUCUUUGGGUGUCGCUGAGUUCUGACGUGAUGUCAUGGAGUUCUGCGUUGAUGUCAUUGAAUUUUGACUCGUUCAGCUCUACGUGAGCAUUGAGUUUGAUGUCAUCAAUUCUGCCGUGCUGUCGUUGAGUUCUGCGUCGGCGUCGUUGAGUUUUGCCUUGCUAUCAUUGGGUUUUGCAUUGGUGCCAUUGAGUUCUGCGUUGCAGUCAUUGAGUUUUGACCUGAUGUCAUUGAGGUCUGCGUGACUGUCAUCGAGAUUUGACUUGCUGUCAUCAAGUUCUGCUUAAUUAAUUAAUUGACUUCUCCGUUGGUGUUAUUGA